AUAUAUGGACAGAUUUAUUCCGAAAAGUAAAUCGAAAUUGCUGUAUCAAUCACACACUUAAUCAAAUUAUAAUGAUGUACUUGAAUUGAAUAUCGUAGUUAUUGUAUCAUAUAAACGAAGAAAAAGUGCUGAAUUUUGGAAAUCAAAAAUAACAGCAGAAUUAUCCAAUAUCAUUUUUGGACUAGUUACAUAAUUAAUACAGAUUGCCUACCUAAUAAACUGUUAGGCAAAUUAGUUCGGUCCCUGAGAAAAUAUUGGAUGCACCAGAUAUUGCAGAUGACUUCUAUCUCAAUAUUUUGGAAUGGGGCAAUAAUAAUGUGUUAUCUGUGGGAUUGCAAAAUAAAGUGUAUUUAUGGAAUGCUUCAAAUUGUAACUUAACAUGUCUAUAAAAUAGAGCAUAUUGAAUAACUUUUAUAAGCAACUUCAAAUGUGACUGCAGUUCAUUGGAUCAAUGAUCAUAUCUUGGGAGUGGGAUUUGAUGAUGCCUCCAUCAAGAUAGUGGAUGUUUGUUCCUAACAAACAAUAACCUAGUUAUAUUAUCAUAAUGAGAGAGUAUCAACGAUGAGUAGCAGUUUUGAAUUAUUGUCAACUUCAGGCAGAGAUAACGUUAUUUUCAAUCAUGAUCUAAGAGAAAAGAAUAAUAAUGUUGUGGGCGUAUUUCAGAAACACACUCAAGAGGUUUGCGGAUUGAAAUGGAAUUCCUCUGGAACUACUUUAAGCAGUGGAGCAAACGACAAUUAACUAUUAUUAUGGGACAAAAGACAAAUGUCAUUGCGUUUAUCAUGUGAAGGUCAUUGUGCAGCUGUCAAAGCUAUGGCGUGGUGUCCAUGGUUUCCCAAUAUCCUAGUUAGUGGAGGAGGUUCCAAUGACAAAAACAUAAAGUUUUGGAAUUCUGACACAGGUUAGUGUUUCAAAAGCAUAGACACGGGAUCGUAAGUGUGUGCCUUAUAGUUUUUACCGAGAUAUAGAGAACUGAUUUCAUCGCAUGGCUUUUCCAAAUUCUAAAUUAGUAUAUGGAAUGCUGAAGUAAUUUAAUAGGCCAAAUUGGUCUAAGAACUUUAAGCUCAUAAAUCGAGGGUUUUGCAUCUAGGCAUAUCUCCUGAUUAGUCUAUGCUUUGUUCUGCUGCUGGUGAUGAAACUUUGAUAUUUUGGAGACUUGGCACUGAGUAAAAUAAUUAAGUCAAGCAAGAAAUGUGUUCCAGUAAAAACCUAUUUCUCAGAUGA